UAGCAACUCAGAACAGAAAUCACGGACAACCUUACAGAAAGCGCACUCAAACCUCUUCUCUCUCUCUCUACUCUAAGUCUUGUAUGUACACCCAACUCUGAAGUGAAAGGAGGAGACUUGACUCUUGAGAGAAGAACAAAACCUUUUCUUUCUUCAAUAAAGUUUUCUUUUUAUCUCUUUUUUUCAGCAAAACCUUUUUUUUUUUCUUGCAGUUUGUAUGAAUACUAAGCACACUUUUGUUUUUGCAUGUAAAAUUGAUUUGCUGUUGAGAAGCAGUGAUCUGCUACAAUUGUUUGUGGCCUGAGAAAGGAUGCCAAACCAGCUAUGGUUUGCACUGCCAAUGAUUUAUCAGCAUGGAAUGAUUUUCCAAAGGGCCUCAGGGUUCUUCUUCUUGAUGAGGACACCAGUUCUGCUGCUGACAUAAAAUUAAAGCUUGAAGCAAUGGAUUAUAUUGUUUCCACAUUCUUCAAUGAGAAUGAAGCCAUGUCAGCGAUUUCGAACAAACCUGAAAGCUUCCAUGUUGCUAUUGUACAGGUAAAUACUAGCAAUAGCGAAGGGAGAUUUAAGUUUCUUGAGGCUGCAAAGGACUUGCCCACCAUUAUGACUUCAAAUAUUCAUUGCUUGAGCACCAUGAUGAAAUGCAUAGCGCUAGGUGCGGUGGAAUUUGUCCGAAAACCACUUUCUGAGGAUAAACUCAAGAAUAUUUGGCAGCAUGUGGUUCAUAAGGCAUUCAAUGCUGGGGGAGGCAUCCUCUGCGAUUCGCUGAAGCCUGUCAAAGAAUCCGUGGUCUCCAUGCUGCAUCUCCAACUGGAAAAUGGAGAAUCCAAGAAUGAGAACUCAGAGAAUACAGAAAAUAUUUCUCUGGUUAAUAAGAAUGACAAUGAACAGUCAGAAGGGAGUGAUAAGUAUCCUGCUCCUUCUACACCACAAUUAAAACAGGGUGGACGAUUAUUGGAUGAUGUUAAUUGCCAAGAUAAUACCAACAGCUUGACAGAGAAAGAGAGUGGAGAGCAAGAUGGGGAAUCUAAAUUUGUCGACACUACUUGUGACAACUCAAUUGGUGAACAGACUUUACAGGAUGACCAACCUCAGAGACCAGUGGAAACUGUGGUCAAAGAGGAGCAUGACUCAACUGAUGUUUCCAAAACUGAGUGCAUCAUGUAUCCUCAACUUCAUGAUAAAAAAGUUCCCAAAGAUUCAAAUGGUGUUGUUGAAAAAUGUUAUAAAGUUUCUGGUCUUCAUAACUCUUGUGGGAUUAAAACCAAUCGAAAAAAGAUGAAGGUGGACUGGACACCUGAACUGCACAAAAAAUUUGUGGCGGCUGUAGAGCACCUAGGUCUUGAUCAGGCCAUUCCUUCUCGAAUACUAGAGCUUAUGAAAGUGGAAGGAUUGACAAGGCAUAAUGUGGCUAGCCACCUGCAGAAAUAUCGAAUGCAUAAGAGACACAUCUUGCCCAAGGAAGAUGACCGAAGAUGGCCACAAUUAAGAGAUCACAUGCCCAGGAGUUAUUAUCCACAUAAACCAAUUAUGGCAUUCCCUCCAUAUCAUUCUAAUCCGGUUCUCCCUGCCGGUCCAGUUUAUCCUGUAUGGGGUGCACCAACUUAUCACCCUGCCGGUGUCCAGAUGUGGCAUCCACCUGGAUAUCCUUCAUGGCAACAGCCAGAAAGUUGGCAUUGGAAUCCUUAUCCUGGGAUGGCUGCUGAUGCAUGGGGUUGUCCUGUAAUGCCACCAAUUGACCGUUACCCUCAAGGUUCUGGUGUGGUCAAUAACAGCUACAUGCCACAGAAUUCGGUCGAUCUCCAUCCGGCUGAGGAAGUUAUUGACAAGGUUGUGAAAGAGGCAAUAAGCAAGCCAUGGUUACCACUGCCAUUGGGACUGAAGCCUCCAUCGGCAGAUAGCGUGCUAGCAGAGCUUUCUAGACAAGGCAUCUACACAAUCCCUCCUCACAUCAAUGGCUCUCAUUUAUGCUGAUGUUGCAUCACUAUCAUCUUCCACCAUUAUUGAAAAAGGAUACUGAGGAGCUGGACCACCCACCCAAAUCCCACCAUUUAACUUUUGCAGGUUUUUGAUGCCACUUGAUACUGCCAAUUGGUGAGUAUAAUGUCACAUCACAACUCACACCAGGACAUAGCCAAAAGGCUCUUUUUUUCUAGGUCUGGUCUGAUUCCAGUUGAGCAGGAAAAAAGUUCGCUUUCCAACCCGGAAACUAAGAAACCAAAACGAGCGACGCAGAAGUAGCCACGUCCAUAAAUGAAAAUAUGUGGUUGUAAAUAAAUGCAAACAGUUUUUUGAUGUCGUCGGGACAUUUUGUGGUGGGAUGUUGGAUAAUGUUUAUGGUGGGACAUGAAUAUGAACAUUGUUAAUAAAGUUAACAUUAAUUUUUCCA